AUGGCACUGUGUGGCGGCCCAGCCCUGUCUGAUCUAGCCGUGUUGUCGGGGCAGCCCAGUGACCUUCUUGGUCAGCCCCUGUCUGCAGAGCGGGCACAGGUCAGGGUGGUGAGGGUGUCCGCCCCGGCCUGGACUUCCCCGGGCCCUCAGGGUGACCUUUUGGCCUCUGGAAAAUUCGGCAGCUCUCUGUCUGACUACGUCUACUUCGAGAACUCCUCCAGCAACCCGUACCUGAUCCGCAGGAUUGAGGAGCUCAACAAGACGGCCAACGGGAACGUGGAGGCCAAGGUGGUGUGCUUCUACCGGCGGCGGGACAUCUCCAGCACCCUCAUCGCCCUGGCGGACAAGCACGCAACCCUGUCAGUCUGCUAUAAAGCCGGACCAGGGGCCGACAACGGCGAGGAAGGGGAGAUCGAAGAGGAAAUGGAGAACCCGGAAAUGGUGGACCUGCCCGAGAAGCUCAAGCACCAGCUGCGGCACCGGGAGCUGUUCCUGUCCCGGCAGCUGGAGUCCCUGCCCGCCACCCACAUCAGGGGCAAGUGCAGCGUCACUCUGCUCAACGAGACUGAGUCGCUCAAGUCCUACCUGGAGCGGGAGGAUUUCUUCUUCUACUCUCUCGUCUACGACCCGCAGCAGAAAACCCUCCUGGCGGAUAAAGGAGAGAUCCGAGUAGGAAACCGGUACCAGGCGGACAUCACCGACCUGCUGAAAGAAGGCGAGGAGGACGGCCGCGACCAGGCCAAGCUGGAGACCAAGGUGUGGGAGGCACACAACCCGCUCAUCGACAAGCAGAUCGACCAGUUCCUGGUGGUGGCCCGCUCUGUGGGCACCUUCGCUCGGGCCCUGGACUGCAGCAGCUCCGUCCGACAGCCCAGUCUGCACAUGAGCGCCGCGGCCGCCUCCCGGGACAUCACCCUGUUCCACGCCAUGGACACGCUUCACAGGAACAUCUACGACAUCUCCAAGGCCAUCUCAGCCCUGGUGCCGCAGGGCGGGCCGGUGCUCUGCAGGGACGAGAUGGAGGAGUGGUCUGCGUCAGAGGCCAACCUCUUCGAGGAAGCCCUGGAAAAAUACGGGAAGGAUUUCACAGACAUUCAGCAAGAUUUUCUCCCGUGGAAGUCACUCACCAGCAUCAUCGAGUACUACUACAUGUGGAAGACCACCGACAGAUACGUGCAGCAGAAACGCUUGAAGGCAGCCGAAGCAGAGAGCAAGCUGAAGCAAGUGUAUAUUCCCAACUAUAACAAGCCAAAUCCAAACCAGAUCAGCGUCAACAAUGUCAAGGCCGGCGUGGUGAACGGCACAGGGGCACCAGGCCAGAGCCCCGGGGCCGGCCGGGCCUGCGAGAGCUGUUACACCACACAGUCUUACCAGUGGUAUUCUUGGGGUCCCCCUAACAUGCAGUGUCGUCUCUGCGCAUCUUGUUGGACAUAUUGGAAGAAAUAUGGUGGCUUGAAAAUGCCAACCCGGUUAGAUGGAGAGAGGCCAGGACCAAACCGCAAUAACAUGAGUCCCCACGGCAUCCCAGCCCGGAGCAGCGGGAGCCCCAAGUUCGCCAUGAAGACGAGGCAGGCCUUCUACCUGCACACCACCAAGCUGACCAGGAUCGCUCGGCGCCUGUGCCGCGAGAUCCUGCGCCCGUGGCACGCCGCGCGGCACCCCUACACGCCCAUCAACAGCGCAGCCAUCAAGGCCGAGUGCACAGCCCGGCUGCCCGGAGCUUCCCAGAGCCCGCUGGUGCCGAGGCAGGCGGCGCGCAAGCCCCUGGACGCCGUGCUCCGGUACCUCG